CUAAACGUCUCUUGAUGGACCCUGGCUUUCAACAGAUGCCAAAAGCCGCACCUUUCACUCAACACACUGCACUUUCUCUUCAACACGUAUAUAUAAAUCCACCCGUCACUCUUUCAGUCUUCGCCCUCGUCUACUUCGCUUUCCGCUGAAAACCCUCUUUCCUCUCUUUGGAUUCCUCUCCGCCCCCCAUCUCAGUGUGCAAUUAGUUAUUAAACCAGCAGAAAUUUGUUUUGUGGAUUCAGGGCAACCAUGUCAACCAUGUCAACUGUGAAACUUCCCUCCCAUUGCAUGUUAAGAACUGCACCUCAGAACCGUUUCACCAGUGCCAUUGUCAAGCGGCCAUUCUCUAUUGGAUCUGUAAAGAGCAUCAGCAAAGCUUUUGGCUUGAAAGCAUCCCCCUCUUUCAGAGCAUCCGCAAUGGCAGUAUACAAGAUUAAGCUUGUAGGACCAGAUGGUGAAGAGAAUGAGUUUGACGCCCCUGAUGAUGCUUACAUCCUUGAUUCAGCUGAGAGUGCUGGAAUUGAGCUGCCUUAUUCCUGCAGGGCUGGGGCUUGCUCUACCUGUGCUGGGAAGAAGGUGUCCGGCUCGGUGGACCAGUCCGAUGGUUCAUUCCUUGAUGACAAUCAAAUGAAGGAAGGUUAUCUGCUUACAUGUGUCUCAUACCCGACUUCGGACUGUGUGAUUCACACACACAAGGAAGGUGAUCUUUACUGAGUGAUUGUGCUUUCAGCAUUUGAGUAGGGUUUUGAAAUCUUGUUGUCUAGAAUGGUUAUGACUACCAGAUGUUCAUGUUAUUCUUGGACCUCUGUAUCUUUAAGUGUUAUCAUGUUUUGUAUUUUUGGAAUGCCAUUGACUUUGAUUUCAGUUGUAAUUUCAUUGCAUACUUCACUUUUUA